AUGGGAAAGAAACCGACAAACUGGCGGUUAUGGGGCAAGGUAGCCGUGGUCGCAAUCGUCGCCGUCGGUGGCCCGGCGUUCACAGCCUGGCUGUCCCCGUCCGAGGAAGAGAUUCGAGCCAAAUACAACCCAGAUCUCCGACGAAGAAGCAUCGAGGGCAAAGCGCAGCGAGAACAAGAGUUUGACGAGUUUGUGACAAGACUGAAGGAAUACAGCAAGUCGGACAAACCAAUCUGGAUUGUUGUGAAAGAAGAGGAGGAGAGGAUGAAGAAGAAGGCCAUUGCUGACGCGAAGACCCGGGAGAGAGAGGCAGAGGCCCGCAAAGCUGAGAUGAGAAGGGAAGCUCUACACCCUACACCAGCAGAGCAGCCUAAAUCGUCCUCCUGGUUCAGCUGGGGUGGGAAAUGA